AUGAUGAUGAGAGUAGCCUUCGUCCUGCUGCUUGCUGCCUACGCUCACGCGUGUGGCAAACCCAGCUACGAGCCCUCUCUGACCCGCGUGGUGAACGGAGUGGAUGCUCGUCCCUACAGCUGGCCCUGGCAGAUCUCUCUGCAGUAUCGCAGCGGCUCCUCUUACUAUCACACCUGUGGAGGCACACUGCUCUCUCCCAACUGGAUCCUGACUGCUGGACACUGUAUCGGACCUCGUACCUACCGUGUGGUGGUGGGAGAGUUUGAUCUCAACCGGCAUGAGAACAACGAGCAGAUCAGAAGUGUGGAGAAGAUCGUGGUUCAUCCUAAAUGGGAUGAUAACUGCCUGUCCUGUGGUAACGACAUCGCCAUGAUGAAGCUGUCCUCACCUGUGGUUAUGAACGAUAAGGUGCAGGCCGCCUGCGUGCCACCAAGCGGGGAGGUCUCUCCUCACAAUGACCCCUGCUACAUCACCGGCUGGGGAAGAAUCUUCAGCGGCGGCCCCCUCGCCUCUAAGCUCCAGCAGGCCAUCCUUCCCGUGGUCGGCCACAGCGUCUGCAGCAGCGGCGGCUGGUGGGGCAGCUACGUGAAGACCACCAUGAUCUGUGCUGGUGGUGACAUCCGCUCUGGCUGCCACGGGGAUUCAGGCGGACCCCUGAACUGCAAGGGGAUUGAUGGCAGAUGGUACGUGCAGGGAGUGACCAGCUUCGUCUCGGCCGCAGGAUGCAACACCAUCCAGAAGCCCACAGUGUUCACACGCACCUCUUCCUUCACCCAGUGGAUCAGUGACGUGAGUCUCCGUUAUACGCUACAUACAUUACACAACCAGAAGUAG